AUGUAUGUAGUUCCGCCACUGUCACCAACACCAUCCGAAGCGCCACUAGUCCAACCGCCGGCCCUGGCAAACCCUACAAACGCCACCGAGAUCCUCGAAAAAGUCGGGGGAUUCAGUGUCUUCGUCCACCUCCUCAAAACAGCAUCAGAGAAUAUUCAAAUCGAAAACCAACUCAAAUACAUCUCAAACAGCUUGACAAUCUUAGCCCCAUCAAACAAAGCAUUUUCCAAUCUCAAACCAAACACUCUAAACUCACUCACCACAAAAGAAAAACUCCAACUCAUACAAAACCACAUCAUUCCUUCCUUCAUACCAAUCCAAAAUUUCCAAACCCUAAUAAACCCUGUACGGACACAAGCAAAUUAUUCUCUUAAUAUUUUGGUCGAAGGUAGUUGGGUUAACAUAUCCACUGGAGUUGUUAAUGCAACAAUUAAUGCAACAAUUUAUGAGGAUAAUCAGUUGGCUAUUUACAAGGUCGAUAAGGUUCUUCUUCCUCUUAGAAUUUUCGGUGUAAAACCGCGAAAAAAGGCGGUGGGUGCACCGGCACCGGCUCCCAUAUCAAGUAUGGUUGUUAAGCCUGAUGAGUUUCCAACAUCUUCGUUGAUUGCUCCUGCUUUGGCUGCUUUGCUUAAAGAUGCUUCUGCUGUAAGUGGUGCCCUUUGUCUUAGUGGAAAUGGGAUUUUGAGCUUUGGAAUUGCUGUGGUUUACGUGAGUUUGAUGAUGAUCAAUGGAUUGGGUUAUUUGGAAGAUAUUGUAUGA